CGUCGCAGAUGACAAGACAUACGAGUGAAACGCGGCAAAAUAAACGGAAAGUUAAGCGGGAGAAAAAAAUUAUAAAAUAUCGCUUGGAAAUAUUAAAAAAAAAUCGAAUAGAAAAAGAUCAACAAGUGAAGAUAUACAAAAUUGAAAAAUUAAAGUUUUAAGUGCAAAAUUUCUUAAUAUUUAAAAAAUAAAAUUAAUAAUUAUUAAUUUAAAAAAAGUCAAAGGAAAAUUAAUGGAAUAUUAAAAAAAUACAUAAAAAAUAUUAAAUUUCAAACAGUGCUUUUGAAACAAAAGUUUUACAAUCAUGACCAAAUAUCAAAGAAAUUUACAAUAUUUAAAUAUUUCAAAUGUUAAUAGUAAUAAUAACAACAACAAUAUCAGUGAUAAUUGCAGUGACAGUGAUGCAACAACACUUAUACCACAAGCGGCAAUUAAACAAGAAUUUAAUAAUUUAUUAGAAAAUUCUAACAAAUCAAUGAUUAAUCAUCAUUUAAAUAUGCAGCAACAUAACAAUGCGGUUCAACAUCAACAUCAGCAACAAAAUCAUUACCAUUCACAUCAUCACCAGCAACAACAGCAACAGUUACAAACAUUUUUGAGUCGUUUCAAUAGUGUUGCAUCAACUAACGAUUCUUUGACUUUGUCGAAUGCCACAAACUCUUGUAAUUUCCGCAAUUUUAACGAUUCAAAUGAAUCGCAUAAUUUAACUCCUUCGCCCAUUUUUACGGAUUACGAUGAGAAUAGCUUAAGUUCGGAAGAGCAUGUUUUAGCACCUUUAGUCUGUGCUAAUGCUCAAUCGUCUAGACCCUGCUUAACGUGGGCCUGCAAAGCAUGUAAAAAGAAAAGUGUUGCUGUUGAUCGGCGAAAAGCGGCCACAAUGCGAGAACGUAGACGUUUGAGAAAGGUUAACGAGGCAUUUGAAGUACUGAAACGACGUACCUCUUCAAAUCCCAAUCAACGUUUACCAAAAGUGGAAAUACUUCGUAAUGCCAUCGAAUAUAUUGAGAGUCUGGAGGAUUUGUUGCAGGAAUCAUCGCCAAUAAGAAGUAUGGAUAAUUUAACAGAUACAAUAAGUGGGAAAUCAUGCCAGCAGGAUUAUUUG